UUGCGCAUUUCCUGUUUUUCAUGGCCGGCACAUUAUUUGUCUUGCACAGUCAUUGAGCUGAUCCAGGCGGAUGUCACUCGUUACCCUUUCCACCAGAAGCCACCGACCUAUGUACGAGCCCACCGCUACAGAUAUUGGUUUACGGAACCCAAAGAGGACGGAUCAUACCCCCAGAGGUGGUGGAGGAGGGUCUACAGUGAUGAAUUUUUUCCUGUGGUGCAUCUGGGCCACCCGUUCCUCGAGGGCAUGCUGACUCAACAUGGACUCAAGGAAAAGGCACCACCACGCCGCAAGUUGAACUCCACCGUAGCCCAGGCGGUGCAGUGGGUGCGGGCCCAGGUGUCGGGAUUCCCUGCCCCUGUGCUCAUCUGGACCCUGGUUGGUUGCAGCGCCACCUUGUGCCUGCUGCUGGCAUUGCCCAGGAAACAAAAGCACGUCACGGGCAAUUCCGAUCAGAAAGACACUCCGCCCAACGCAAAAAAGACGAUGGAUGAGGAUGACGAAGCUCGUAAGGAGGAAGAGGAGCGUGGGAGUGAAAACGAGGGUGAGGUUGAGGAGGAUGGUGAUGAGAAAGAUGGAGAGGGGGUCACCACUGAUGAUGAAGAGGAGGAAAAAGUAGAGUCGGAAGUGGAAGAGCAGUGAUGAAAAAGGGGCUGAUGUUACCAAAUUGAGCAAAGAGGUAUGUGUGUGUAUAUAUUUGUACUUUCUGUUUUGGCUCUCUGGUGUACAUGUUCAUAUGGAUGAUUUAAUUAUAUUUGGGAAAAACACUAGCUUGUCAGCAACUGACACGAACCCCGAAGUUGCAUUUUUUUUUUUCUAUUUGUGGGUCACGUUGUCAAUGCAGCACUUUUUUUCCAUACACA